AUGUCUUUUCGUAACAGCACCGUUUUCGUUUUGGCUACAAAGACUCUGCCGCCAGGCACUGUUCAAAUAUGCCAUAUAGUUAUAUUAUUUAUUUCUCUUCUUGCUACUACCCUGCCAUUUUGUUUAGCAGAUGUAAUUAUCUAUAAUAUUAAGACAUACUCGGAAGCACUGAUUGCGCCCUCUCCACUCCGUAGAGGCAAGAACCCCCCUUGCCGUCCCUGUUUGUCGGAAGAAUGUAAAAUGGGAAUUAUUCGAGCCUCUUCGGCUACAGUGGCCAGUCUCUAUAUCACGUUUUUGGCGUUUGUGAUUCUCUGUAUCAGCAACUUUGUUCCGGCCAAUGGUCCUUUUGAGAUUGACAACUUCGACUACGGAAUCGCUUUUCUCCUCUUGUCCGUAUCUGGUUUGUUGUCGGGUUUUACAUCUGGAGACGCCAAUGAUCCUUUUCUUCGAGCUUUGCUUCUUUGUUUGUGCGCAAUGUGGGGCGCUCUGGGCACAUUUUACAUAACCAGAGAUCUCACAGGCCCUGACCUAGCACCACUUUCAGAGGCUCUGUUCCCAGGUUAUGGCGCUUUUUUCUUCAUCUUCCUCAUCUUUGGAUUUGUCUGUCUGCAACACCAACAAUUUCAUACCGCAGUCCUCGCUCUCUCUCUCUUCCUUUGUUGUAUUUUUGAGAUCGCAUCAUUAUGGCGUCCAGUCAGAAUGAGUGUCGGGUCUUAUUAUCUUCUGUUAGGGGUGAUGGUUCUCUAUAUGGCGGUUAAGAUGCUAGUGGACAAGCUGCAAGGUAAAAACUAUAAACAAAUAGAUAAACGCCUACCAACGGAAAACAAAUAUUCAAAUGAUUACAUGGCAGUCGGCUACGCAAUGGACACUGUUGCGUUAACAGCGUUCGCAAGUCAUGUGACCGGUAUCACUAACAUUGCUAGCAAUGGUUUUAUGUGGGUCGGUUCAGCCGGGAUUUUCCAAACAAUUUGCGGUUUGGUCGCUAUCCGACGCAAAGAUCCUUACUAUGGAACUUUCUUUAACCUUUACGGAAUUUUCUGGUGUGCUGUAGCGUUUCAUCUUGGAUUGAACUACUUUUCAGCCGCCUAUGACCUUCCGUUGUUGACUGUAAAUAUCUUUUUCGCCGUUGUCUUUGUAUUAACAAGCGUAAUUGCUCUAACUCAAGAGCUGUUCCAUUCCAUUCAGAAUGUCCUUAUGGCUGUCUUUACCAUUUCGAUCUGUGUUAAUGGAAUCCAGGGGCACUUUCUUGGUGGCAUGGGUUGUGUAUGUUUUCUUUUCUCUCUCUACGGUCUAGCCGCUCAUGCAGGCCGACUGAAACAGACACGUCACAAGUUACCACUCGGCCGACGACUUUUCGAUCGUACUCAGCUCAAACAGUACUUGACAAUACGUCUCUCUUGGUGCGCACGAUUCAUAUACGGCAAGCGACAGGCAGGCAAAAACAAAUCUAAAUUUGACCACAAACUCUUCUCGACUAAUUUCUCCGACAUGGGCUACUCGAAGUACAUCAAUCUUGACACGAUCGGUUUCGCAGUAAAUGCUGUAGCCUCGCUCUCCAUUCUCUGGGUACCUGCUAACUUUACACUCCUUACACUCCCUUGGGUGAGUAUUGUUGGGGGUGUGGUACAAAUGAUGGUGGGAUGUGUCUGCUUUGGCCGGGGGUUGACUUUUGAAAGUUGUGCUUUUAUUGUGUUCGGCACAAUGUGGCUUAUAUUGGGAACGGCGCGCAGUUUAGGGACUCUGGCGUUGGACAAUUCAGUGGCCAUGAGUGUUUGUAGCAUCGCUUACAUGAUCACUGGUCUUCUUCUUAUUGGACUUUCUUUAGUUAUAAGUAAGGCUUGGUUUUUAGUCACAUUUCUUUUUGAAUUGAUCGCCCUGGCAUUCUUGCUUAACUCAUUGACCGUGCCUUCGUAUGCUUCCUACGAGGUGAUCGUUGUCCUCCCCUUCGCGUUCGUCUCUCUCUAUUGCUUCCUCGCCGCUGCAUUUAAGUCAAUUUGGGGACGAGAGUUACUACCCACCGGAACUCCCAUUAUACAAGUCAGUUAUCUUCAUUCACAAGGAAAUAGGGCAUUCUGGGCGCAUGCGCAAAAGCAAUCUGGGGUGAAAGGAUUGCAGGUAAGUUUCUCUCUUCUCUCUCUCUCUCUCUCCAAAUAA